CGAACGGGUUUCAAUUGCCGCGACCAUGACAACACCAGGAAGCAGCGUCGCGAGCAAGUUCCCGACCGAAGCGAAGGAUCUCGCGACGGGAGACACACUUGAAGUGUCCAAACCCAAAAGCAAGCCGAUUGCGGGCUUUGUGUCGACGUCAGUCUUGUCGUCGUCCGAUGGGUUGUUUGGCGACAACGUGGAGGAAGUUCGCAUCACCGAUCGCCCUGAAAGUUCCGAGGAGAAAGUGGACUUUCGACCGUUGUACGAACGCUUAAAGGAACAGAAGGACGCGCGGGAUGCCGACUGGAAGGACAAGAACAACCCAUUUGCACCGCCAAAGGGACUCGACGACGAAGAGAUUGAUUUCCUGCACACGUUGGAGUCGGAUCAAAAGAAGCUUCAGGACGACAUCACCCGUCACCACGACGAAGAGUUAGCGCAUUUCGCGUUGCUGAAGCGCGAGAUUCAAGCCAAGAAACCCCCCCCAGCAGUCGCAACGACAUUGUCGUCGCGGGACAGAUCUUCUCUGCCCUUGGAGAAGCAAGGCGCCAAGGUGGCUGCAAAAGUGAAAGCCAAAACGUCAACGCAUGCAGGGAAUGAUCAUGGGAACACCCGCAAGAAGCAAAAGACGGCGCCCGUGGCGAGUCUCGUGGCGGCCUACAGCGACGACGACAGUGCAUGAAACAUGUUUAUUUGAAAUUCGACAUCAACGUCCCGAGGCGCUUCUUGGUGGGUUUCCGCAGCGGAGGAGACGACGCCACGCACACCAAGCGCUUCUUCAUGGGCGGCCGCUUCGGUCGUUCGGGGGUCUUGAGGACCAUCGUGUGUCGUGCGUUCACGAUCGGGACGUCCGCAUUGACGGCACACGGAGCGGGUUCGUCGGUGGAAGGUGGCACAACUUUGUGGAUAGUGGGGGUGAUCAUUGCAGGAAGACGAGUCUUGGGUUGACUGGACGUGAGUACAAUUUCUUGGAACAGCAGACUUCGACUUGCCUGGGGUAAGACGCGUUCAAGUGGAUGCAACA